GCCAACUUUGAAUGCAAGCAAGCAUGGGAUCCUCGUCCGACUCGAGUGACAGCGAGGACCUGCCCCGCCUACCCUUCCUGGCCUCCACCGCCCGGCGCCCAGUUGCCGUGGCGCGGCCGAGCAGCAACAGCGAGAGCGAGCAGGAGGACGAGGAUCUUCCUCUUUUCCGGCGAUUGGCUGCUCCGCCGUCACGUGGCGCCCCUGGUCCGCGAGAGCCCUCAGCCCGCCCAGUCGAGUCACGUGAACCCGCAUGGGCGAGCAAGAUCUGCGCGUCACGUGACCCUGCCAGAGCUCCUCAGCCGAAGAGCGCCGCCCCACGUGACCCCGCCAGAGCUCCUCAGCCCAAGAAAGCCAAGAAGAGCCCAGAGAGCCUGACGGUGCACAUAGACACUGUCCUCCUGCAGGACGGCUCCGGAGGACAAGUGCUGAACGCUCUGCAGGCUCAGGACUAUAAAUGCGUCAUCCAGUCACAGCCGGUGGCGCGGAGCAUUACCUGGAGCAGGUCGGGGGAAGACGUCAAUGUGAGUUCUUCGUCCAAUCCCCUUCU